UUACGAUGUUAUUGUUCUCUAGAGCUAGGAAGAACGACGUUUAUCGGUUUUAUGAUAUUUUCGAUUCUAUAUAUAAUACAAAAUCUGCAACUAUGGGCCAAAUAAAAGGCGUACGUAUUGAACUGGGCGGAAUAACACAGCACAAUAUCAAGCAGCUGAAACGUCUCAACCAGUAUAUAUUUCCUGUUUCAUACAAUGACAAAUUCUACAAAGAUGUCCUUGAAGUUGGAGAGUUAGCGAAAUUGGCAUAUUUUAAUGAUGUGGUGGUUGGAGCUGUAUGUUGUCGUGUGGAUGUCCAUGAUGGAGUCCGGCACCUCUACAUCAUGACUCUCGGAUGUCUGGCGAUGUACCGGAGGCACGGGAUCGGUUCAGUGCUCCUGGAGCAUGUUUUUAAGAUCGCAAAAUCUCAAGGCAGCUUUCACAGCAUCUUCCUGCAUGUGCAGAUUAACAAUGACUCUGCUAUUAACUUUUACAAGCACUUCGGUUUUGAAAUUGUUGAAACCAAAGAGCAUUAUUAUAAAAGAAUCGAACCUUCUGAUGCAUACGUUCUUGAGAAAAGAUUAAUUCCUGAAAAAAGUGCAUGAUGUUUCGGAAAAAUAAAUAUGCGUCAUAUUUAUUUGCAUGCGAGUGUUGAUGGUUAAUAAUGUUGAAACAUGAACUUAAAACAAUAUAUAUAAAAGUUCAAGACAUCAAAACAACUUUGUUCUAAUCUGUGCUUAAAUACUAUUUUCGAUUGUAUUAAAAUGCUCAUUUUAUAUCGUACACCAUUAGCACUAAAUCUACACCUGAUUUUAUCAUUAAUAAUCCCAAUUAGUUGAAAAAAUGUGGUAUUUUAUUAUUGCCAGUGCUAAAAGCAACUAAACAGCACUUUUUCUCUAAAUUUGGGCCUGGUCUUCCUUUAAUGUAUGUCGUAAAAUUUUGCAAUGAAAUGUUGCAGA